GGUCAGCGCCAUUUUGUUAAGGCCGCUGAGUGAUGCAAGAAUCGCUGGUGUUUGCAUUAGAUAACGUGUCCAUAAAUUAUUAAUUGAGUAAAUAUUCAUUGAUUUCUACACAGAAAAAUAGGUACUACAAAUGAGUGCUCAAGAUGUCGAGUAUCUUGAAACAGAGGAGGUGUAUAUGCAACUCAAUCAGUCCGAAGUUACAGGAACAGAUGUUGGUGAUGAUCAAGAUGACCACUGGGACAAUAAUAGUACCAAAACACUUUUAGAUUUAUAUUUACAAAAUUUGGACAAAUUUCGCAGUUCAAAAGUAAAGAAGAAGACUGUCUGGGCAGAAAUAGCACAUGCGGUAGGAAAUAGCCCCGAGAGCUGUGAUAAAAAGUUCCGAAAUUUAAAACAAACAUAUGUAAGACUUUUGAAGAGACGAAAUAGAAAUGAGAUUGUUAUGAUAAAAUGGCCUUAUUUUGAAAUAUUUGAACAAAUCUACAGUGAGAAUGGGGAGUAUAGACCAGAUAUACAAGUAAAAAUUCAGGACAAUGCAACUGAAACUGUCACUAAGGCUAUAUUGUCUAUGGCUGAACCAUCGAAAUUUGAACAGGAACCCGAUAUGGGUGAAAAUUCAAAUGGUCAAAGCGAGGAGUCUAAAAGGAAAUUAAAUAGGCGAAGAUAUACUGAUUUCCGUAAGGUAGCACUAGAAAUGAGAAACAGGCAGAGGACAGUCGAAGAGAAGUUAGAUAAAUUAAUAAAUAUAGUACAAGAAUCAAAUAACAUACAAAGAGAACGGAAUAUAUUGUUUCAACAAUUUUUGAAUAGUUUAAAUCAAACUUGAUACAUUAAAAUAAUUAAAAUAUUGACCAAAUUUAAGAAGAAUUAUUAUAAAGUAUUUGACUUUUUAAGACAUUAACACAGGUUAUUACAAUCUGACAAAUAUAUUUUUAAAGGUUUGAA